UUCCGCUGUUGAGUCAGUGGGAGAACCGUUACACGACCGAUAAAGCGGCGCUCUCACCGGGAACCGACCUCUACGAUCCCUCCACGCGGUUCUAUAGUAACUCCACUGCACAGUUCGUCUGUACCACAGGGCUGAAAUGUUACAUCUUCGGUCUACAGUAACGCUCAAGGAGUUAUUCCAGACUCAGCUGAAGCGGCCGCUCACACGUAGGGUCGGCGUUAAAGCAGCACCUGCUCCCGCCGCCUGCUUCAGCACCCUGAGUCCUGAUGGACGGUCACCGGGUAGAGGGCGGUUUUCUGGCUGGAGAGCCCCUCAGCACUUGGCCAGGAAGCACGCAUUGAGAGGCUUUUGCUCCAAUGACUCCACCGGCAAGGACUCUUCAACAGAGAAGAGAAGAAAGGCGGGCAUCCUGCCCAGCCUGGAGGAUCUGCUGUUCUACACCAUCGCAGAGGGCCAAGAAAAAAUCCCUGCACACAAAUUUACCACAGCUCUUAAGGCCACAGGUCUUCGCACGGGAGACCCCCGGCUGAAAGAAUGUAUGGAGAUGCUGAAGGUGACCUUGAAGACAACCUCAGAUGGAGCGCUGGACCGACACCUCUUCAAAAAAUGUGUCCAGAGCAACAUCGUUUUGCUCACCCAGGCCUUCAGGAAGAAGUUUGUUAUUCCAGACUUCCAGUCCUUCUCUGCUCACAUCGACGAGCUGUACGAAAACGCCAAAAAAAUGUCUGGAGGGCAGGUGGCAGACUAUAUUCCCCAGCUGGCACGCUUCAGCCCAGACCUGUGGGCCGUCGCCCUGUGCACAGUCGACGGACAGAGGCACACUGUCGGCGACACCAAAGUUCCCUUCUGUCUGCAGUCCUGCGUGAAGCCGCUGAAAUACGCCAUCGCCGUUCACGACCACGGCACCGAGUACGUACAUCGCUUCAUCGGCAAAGAGCCCAGCGGCCUGCGCUUCAACAAGCUCUUCCUGAACGAGGACGAUAAACCACACAACCCCAUGGUUAAUGCUGGUGCUAUUGUCUGCACCUCCCUCAUUAAGCAAGGGGCAAGCAACGCUGAGAAAUUUGAUUAUGUCAUGAACUUCAUGAACAAGCUGGCAGGAAACGAGUAUGUGGGCUUCAGCAAUGCCACUUUCCAGUCAGAGCGUGAGUCUGGAGACAGAAACUUCGCCAUUGGCUACUACCUGAAGGAGAAGAAGUGUUUUCCAGAGGGGACGGACAUGACGUCCAUCCUGGAUUUCUACUUCCAGUUGUGCUCCAUCGAGGUGACCUGUGAGAGUGCCAGCGUUAUGGCGGCAACUCUGGCCAACGGCGGUUUCUGUCCAAUCACGGGCGAGCGUGUGCUGAGCCCUGAGUCUGUGCGAAACACCCUGAGUCUGAUGCACUCCUGCGGCAUGUAUGACUUCUCGGGACAGUUUGCUUUUCACGUUGGUCUGCCGGCUAAAUCGGGUGUGGCUGGCGGGAUCCUGCUGGUCGUUCCCAACGUGAUGGGCAUCAUGUGUUGGUCUCCUCCGCUCGACAAGCUGGGCAACAGCGUCAGAGGCAUCCAGUUCUGCACGGAUUUGGUUUCCCUGUGUAACUUCCACAACUAUGACAACCUGAGGCACUUUGCAAAGAAGCUGGAUCCUCGCAGGGAGGGAGGAGACCAGAGGGUGAAGUCUGUCAUCAACCUGCUGUUUGCUGCUUACACAGGAGACGUGUCAGCUCUCAGGAGGUUUGCGCUGUCCUCCAUGGACAUGGAGCAGAGGGACUACGACUCGAGGACAGCGCUGCACGUGGCCGCCGCUGAAGGACAUGCUGAGGUGGUCCGCUUCCUGCUGGAGGCCUGCAAGGUCAACCCAGUUCCCAAAGACAGGUGGGGGAACACGCCGAUGGAUGAGGCCGUGCACUUCGGCCACCAUGACGUCGUCACCAUCCUCCGCGAUUACCACAAUCAGUACACCCAUCAGGAAGGCAGCACGGCCAAGAAGAACGAAGAGAACCUGGACGGGCUGCUGUGAUGGAGAAUGCGCUGCUCAGGCGUGUGAGGCCGGGCGCUUGCCUACGCCGGCGAGGGGAAGAGAUCAGGCGGUGCUUUAGACAAAAAACUGGAAAGAUCGCAAGUAGACUCAUCGCUGAAAUAACUGAAAACAAACCUUUACAGUAUCUGUUAGCGCAGCAGCCGCCUCCCUCCGAGUGUAAAUGCUCGUCAUCAUGUUCUCUUUAGGUGUCGUUGGGUUUUUGUAUCGCGUGUGUGUACUCUGAGUGUGGAAGUACUCUUAUUUUCCGUGUUUCAGCUUUUACGUUGACGGUUCUUUUUAUUCUGAACAUCAGCAACAGGAAGCAGCAGCAGUAUAAAACCUUUGUUAUGGAAUGUAACUCCUCCCCCCCAAACACUUUUUGAUGUGCGUUUGUGAUAAUCGAUGUAAGAUAAACUGUACAUUACUGUAGUGUUUGUGUAUAUUAACCGAGGACGGCGAGUCUCUGUAAAUAGGUGUAAAAAUGUGUAGUCGAUCGGUCUCGUGUGGUGAUGGGUUCAGAUUUGAUGACAGUGUGUGUUUCAGUCAAACUUUUGGAUAGUAUUUGAACCAUAAAAUUCUUCUUCUUAUUUUUUUUCGUAAGCAGUUUUUUAAUGUGGCGACAGAUGAGUUAAAGGGUUUUUUGUUUUUAUUGUUGUUGUUUUUCCACUAAAACUGGAAUUUUCACCCUUUUCUUUUAUUUACUUUAGCAAGCCAGCCAAAGUUCAGUUCCUACUUCGUCUCCUGACCAUUGAAAGCGUUUCUGCAUAUCAGACGCGACACUGCCAGGGCUCCUGCAGGGAGAGUGAAUGACUGUAAACAUGCAAGAAAAUGUUUUUCUUACACUUUGUCUUAGUUUAAAGAAGUCACAGCAGAAAAUGGAUGCACUCAGCAAUGGAGAUAUUUCAAUACUUUUAUUUUGAAAGUCUGUCUAGUGUAUUUCAGUAUGUGGCAUAAACAGUGAGUUGAUUGGUCCCUGUGAGUUGCUUUAAAGUAACUAAGGAGUACUGUGAAAGUUGCUACUACUACUCUUACUAUUCUAGUUAUUAUCACAAAUCCUUUAGUGGCCUUGUUUGAAAACAGAAAGCGUCACAUUUUAAUCAGUUUAAACAUUUUAAGGUCUCGCUAAUAGAGACCUAGAGACUUGUCGCUGAGUUGAAAUUGGUUGCAAAGACUGUUGCUCUGAUAGUCAGCAGGUUGCUGUGAUCGCCUGUUGAUGGCAUCGAAGAUGCCGACCGGUCUGCAGAGGUCUGUUCUCAGUCUUCAUAAUUUCUCUACCACUCAGUGAGCAGUUGGCAAGUGUCAGACAAGUUGGAGUCUUCCAUACAAACUGCACAAAUGCAGCAGCCUGUUAGCCACUAAAGCGAGGUUUUUGCUACACUAGUCUUUGUAAUCGACCUUAAAAUGAAUACGCAUGUUUCCCUAGCAACCUGUACGUUCUCUAGGAUUAAGAUAACACAGAGCAACUCGACAGUUUCACCUUACUUUUCUUUUGACUUCAUAAAUCAUCUAUAUAUCGUAUAGAUGGUUCUUAAUCUUUCUCCUCAUUGAACUUCUUUUUAAAACUUUAUUGGUAAUUCUACCAGUGUCUGACGACAGCCUCUGUAGUUUCUAGGCACAAAUUGUAAAAUCCCCCCAAACAACAUUUAAAUGCAGUGUUAUUUAAAUGGAGAAUUAAAAGAAACUGCUUGAGUACUUUAUUUUUUUCUUUCCUGCUGUAGACGUGAAAAUUCCACAUGUAAGUCCUCGGAUCUACAUCUUAAUUAAUCCUGCAUUUUAAGCUAGUUAAAGUUGGAAUUAAAAACAUCCAGCAUUCGUUUAACAACCAGUGAACUGCUUCCUUUGUUGAUCCUCUCAUUUUCUGCUGUUCAAAUUUAAAGGCUUUUAUUUUGGAGGAGCAGUCAUACUUGAAAAGCAGAUGUGUUUUUGUGUGUCUGAAGCACGCUUGACUGUUUUUACUUCUUUUUGAGCAAACAAACUGAACCAGACAGUCUGUAAUGUAAUCCACAACUUAGAAAAUCCACAAACAGUUUUUGUUUUUUCCUCGGGUUUGGAUCAGUUCAUCCAGUUUACAUUUCAAAUUAAAAAAGGAACUUAAAGGAAGCACAAAACACCAAUAUUUUUGACACUAGUAGCAAUAAGAUGACGUGAUUGUAGGAUGAGGUGAACUGAUCCAAAUCCAAGUCCAAAGUAUUCUGAAUGUAACGUGUUUGGUGUCGUUCUGUUUCUUCUUCAUGUGUAUGUAAAGCUGCUGCAGCUCACUGAGCAAAUGCAGGCGGCCCAGAUAUUUAUUCACAGAAUAAAAACAGAAAAACC